AGACAUACUAAGCAGAUUUUCUACCCUAUAAAAUGACCUUCAGCAUGUUUAAGGGGUUUUCCGUGAUAAGUGGAAAGUCCAUACGAUACUCGUUCACAGAAGUAAGACUUCAAUGCUACUCUUUCCUUAGUCUCAGAAAUCAGAAGCAAGAAACAUUCAAUUGUAACAUCGAAGUGUUCGUUUAUGACGCCUAUUUCAGAUUAACAACGGAACCAGAUACUGGAAAUGUUUUGCAAUGGCGCAUCCUGUUUAUCCAGCCAAACCUUUAUUGAUGCUGACAUUUAACGAGUAAAUGAGUUGAUAGGAACUUACUUGUUACUGCUACUGUUUAUGCUGACGACGUUUCUCAAAAGUAGUGAAGAUACGAACUUCCUUGUCUUGUAAGGCACUAGCGACUUACAAAUACCUCACCUUCAUAUAACUGAGUAGAUGUGAAUUGGCAAAAUGUUCGGUUGGUUUCAACAUGCCUGCCCAUCGAUGACAUCAUUAUCAACAGAAUAAUGUAAAAAUUCUACGUAACCUUUUAUAAAUUUCAGCAACGGUGAUUAGUAUUUUAAUCUAUGUACCCUGUAAGUUUCCUGAGAGGCAUAGACAGUAUGUCAUAUGUAUUCUGCUUAACUGGGUAUGUACUAACCGACUCUGUGAAUAAGCCUCAGUUUAGGAUUGUGUACUUUGUUUUUCUGAACUUAAUACCUAAUGAAUUCAUGUCCGUUCUCUCUAUUCAGAAUAGAUCAGCUAAGUCCGUGACAUACGUCAGCAAUCAGCUCUUAACCUCUUCCCUUUCUGUUUGGCAGGUGCGAAACGCAUGCCAAACAUACUCCAAUUUCUUCUCAGGGCAUUCGGAAGACCCUGCAUUUGUCAGCCUCUUCACCUGGCAAGACAAUAUCGUUUGCGUACUCCAAGUCAACUAGGUGACCUCCAGGGAAUAGGUCAGUCCCUGUCAAGUCACAGGUACCUAAGUAGAUGUCCAUUAAUGCAUCUCUGACGAAGUUAAAUAAGAAUGGUGACAGUAGACAUUUCUGGUAAACACCAUUAGUUGUCGUCACUUCACGUAACAGCUGUCCAUGAGCCCUGGCACGGCUGCGUGAGUUUGAGGAGAGAGCUUCGAUAAGCGUACUCUCUUCACAGUCAGACACUGCCACAACACCGCGGUCGAUCGAGUCAAAUACGGCCUUCAGGUCAAGAAAUAUGGCAAGUGUCAGCCACUGGCCGGUGGGUAAACCUGUAUUUUAGAACCUGUCGGAUGGUGAAUAUAUGAUCUGUGUACCCUCGACCAGGUCUGAACCCUGCCUGGUUUUCUCGAGUUUAUUGUUCUCGAGCUCCAUUUAGGCGUUGAAUAACUAUGAACCCUAGGAUCUUGGACACAAUAUCAAUCAAGCUAUCACAAGAAGAUUUCUCCUUAUGAGCUGGGAUGAUCAGUGAAAUACACCAGUCUAAGGGAACUACCUCUGAUUCCCGUACGCUACCUGGUAUCUCUGUCACUUUAAUUAGAAAUUUCCUGCCUCCAUUCUUAAAAAUUUCAGGUGGCAAACUGUCAGGUUCUACUGCUUUGCAUCGUUUCAGGUUCAAUACAGCUCUACCAACUUCAGGGAGAGUUGACGAACCGAUGUCUACGUGUCUUUCAGGUUCAGGCCAGAUAUCGAGCAGGUGAAGCGUUGCUUAGGGUCGGUUGAACUAUGCUUUAAAAUGUUCUGCCCGCUGUUCUAGCCGUCUGUCGAGAAAAGUUUAUCAGCUUCUCAUCCUUUUCAGUGUUAGUUUCACUCACCAUCGUCUUCUUCCCUCCGGUGUCCUUAAUAAGCCUAAGUAUUUUCCGGUUGUUGCCCAACGCUGAUGCCUUCUUUAUCUCUCUCACUUUCGCCACCACCACUGCUAGUGAUGAACGCGAAGACUUUAUCAAACUACGUUCGAGUAAUUUUCGCUCUUCGUCGUGGUUAGACCCAGCUGAAACCAGUCUCUCACAUCAAUCAAUUCAGAUGACGUUGCGGAAAUCCAAUGACGUUUGUUUAUCUUCGGUUACAGGUUAACAAUUGUCCUUACCACUGUUUCUACAGCAGACUUAAUAUCAUGACAGAUUUCAGCAGAAUAUAUGAUUAUUUGCAAUAAUAUAUGAAAAUUAGUUACACACGUGUAUCUAUAAUUUUGAUGGGUUGAGUAGCUUUUACCUGCUUCUCAGCUUUUGAGUGCAAGCCAUCUUACUUUUCCUGUUUCGAAGAUACUUGUCAGGGUUGUGGACCAUGUUCAGUGAAAUUUUUGGUUAGUGCUCUGAGUUGUGCAAUGUUUAUGUGAAUCGAUCAGAAGUGACAUACAUGUUUGAGUUGCACGGUACUUUCUUUUUGAGUUCUUGGAAUUAUAUAUAGAGGCGCAUAUCUUUCCUGCAUGAUACAGGAGAUGCAGAGAUAAAGAGCUGUCGUAAGCGAUAUUAUUUUCUAUCAUGGAUCAUUCGAAGCAGCAAAUAAUACUAAGUCGAUGGUCACUUCUGCCUUUUUCAUUUAGAUGUAUUUACGGUUACGUUUUAUAUUAUCAGAGCUGUAUAGCAAGUAUGUCUGAAAUGCACUGGACAUGUCAGGAUCGUACUGCAUGGUUUCUCAGUUUUAUCACGUAGAUAAGCAGAUGUAUUUAGCUCGACUUAGUAAACUUCGUAGAAACAUGGAAGUGAAAGUCACCAAAGUAAAAGACAACGAAAUGAAAAUGAAGUCAAAUGCUGUAAAAAUCUUUCAGACAAAAAGAUAAGUGGCGUGUGUUGGAAAACACAGAACCUUUAUAAUUUGACUUCAUUUCUGUAUCAUCAAUUAAAAUUUUGAAACAGCUUUAAAUGAGGUGCAGAAUGAUGUAGAUCUUACAAAGACAAAGAAUAAUCGACUUUGAACAUGUAGAGAAUAUUGUCUUACUAUCCGAAAUUAUAGAUGCUAUUCGAGUUAUAUUUCUUCAGUUGGCUGCGAGUGCCCGUAAGUAUAGCAUCUAACUUGUAACAUUCAACUGCAAAUUAACUUUGUGGCAUUGAUAGGAGCCUAUUACUGCACCCACACUUAAUAGUGAACUGUUGGAUAUCGUGGGAAUGUUCGUGUAUUUUGUGUAUUUGUGUGUGCUGGUGAAAAUAAAGUUUUUAGUCUUUUAGGAUAGAUAUUGUCAGCACGGAACCAGGUUCAGUUGGGUGAUGAUCCAGUUCACCAUGGCUUACAGUGGUGCAUAAAGGUAGAGGUUAAUAGAAGAAAAAGAAAUAAAAGUAGUGAAAUUGCCGGUCGCAGAAAAUCACAAAAAAAUAAAAAGAGAAUGAACAAGUAAAUGCAGUAUCGUAACUUAAAGGGAUGUAAAUAUAUCUGCCGCACUACCGUCGAUAUGUAAUAUGAAACGGUCUAAAUGGAAAUCAACAUUUUAAGUCAUCAGCUACUUUCGUUUCAUGUUACUACGUAGUCAGGAAAAACCUUAUUGGACAAUUUUGUCUCACAAUGGGCUAAUCAAAAUAAAUAUCCAACUUUGACCUAAUGGUUUUAGAUGUUCGUGAAAACUGUACGUAAAUGAUGUGUUUUUGUCAAAUAAAGUGCCUUCCUAACAAUUACAAGCCGGUCAUUGUCUUCUGGUUUUCGCUGCUCAGUGAAGUAUUAGGUUCUGAGGAAUAAGAAUCGCUAUUCGUAUUCAGUCCAUGUCCCAUUGCGUUAUUAUUGUUCGUGUAUUCAUUAUUAUCCACUCGAUCACUUCAAUAUGUACUAAGCUAUCAGCCUAAUCGUCGCUAUUGGGAACGUGAAUUUUACUAGUUUCACACAAGUAUCGAUGCUAUCUAUAUAUUUCAAUCAGAUUUCUCAUGAAGACUUAGUCACAAGAUGAAAUGAUAUACUUUAACUUAGUCUAGCUAACAUACCGUUACAAGUUACAAUCACAAGACUUGAUAUCAGACUCUUUGGUUGCAAAUGAGACCAACACGUCAAACAGCACUUUUUUAAUAUAUACUUAUCUCUUUUUGUUGUUUGUAUGGCGGUAUUUUUCAUUAGUCUAGACAGUCUGGCAGCAGUUGGUACAGGUGAUCUGUGAUAAUUUUUGCAAUCAUUACCUCUGUAUAUUUUCAGUUCUUGUUUGAAUUUAUCCGAGAAGCUGAUUGUGCAUGUUUCGGUAAAAAUUUUCAGUCCAAUACAUUCCAGUGGGAAAUUCUGAGAUCCGCUAAGAGUUAGUUCACUUGAGUAUGGAAGAGGAAUAAGAGUGACCAAACUUAAACAGCACUAGUUUUGGAAUGCUCUGAUCGUUGUUUCGUUCAGUGUGUGCCCAGUUCUCUCGGUUCAACUCAGGUAGUGGCUUUUAACUCCAAAAUCAUUCUCUGAAUACAAAGUAAGAGUUUUAAAACUGUAACUCUCCAGUCGUCUUAUAGUUGACUGUUCCUUUUUUUCUUAAUUAUGUGGGAUGAAAGCAGUAGUGAUUUCUAGUUAAAGUAUUAUCAUUAAUAGGAUUCUCUACAUUUUCUUAGUCGAAUAGCUUCUGCCCCGCCAAUAGAUCUCGCUUAACCGUUAGCAUUACCAUGUUAGGUGAUUUAAACUCAAAAUGCAUAGAGUAUUAAUUUCUCCUAGGUCUAUUUUACUUUUUUCUUACCUACAUUACAAGUGUUUCUAUCAUUUUCAGUUUUCACUCACUGCUUCCAGUUAAUUUCUCGUAUGGAUGUGGUUAGUGAAAGCUCACGUAUUUCAGAAAAGAUUUCGUUUGCAGUAUAUUGCCGUCUGUUGGAAAAACUGGCAUCGAAUGAUGGAGUUAAGAUGAAAGAAAGAUUAUUGUCCAAAUUCAUAUAUUUGUGGGAAAAUCAGUACCUCCUUCUGAACCCGCAGAUUCAAUUUCCAUCAUGUGGUCGAGCCAGUCUUUAUUUAUUUCUACGCUUGCUUAUUCCUUCGCAUGACAGAAUGAGGAAAGCUUUCGGAUUACGUGAACAUACACUCUCACGAUUCAUUAUUAAAGCUAUUGGUCUUGCUCCAAAUGGAUUGGUUGCUCGUAGACUGUUAAGGACUCACCCUAGUCCUAUCGGUCGAAAUUCUGAUUUUGCUGACAUAGCAUAUGCGGUACUCAAAGCUAGAUGUCGUGAGGAUAGUGUUUUAUCUAUGAAGGACAUUAACAAUCAUCUAGAUGACUUGGCCACUGCUGUAUCGAAUGACGAACGAUUACAAGUAUUGCGUUCAUUAUUGCAUUCAACUACAGCUAUAGAAUUGAAAUGGCUUAUACGUUUUAUUGAAAAGCGAGAUUCAGGUUGCGGCCUAAGCGGGAAGAACAUUCUCAAAUGUCUUCACCCAGCAGCGAUCUCAAUUUUUGAAGUCACUCAAGUUAGUCUUCCAGAUAAAUGAUCUUCUUCCCCUAUGUGAACGAAUUGCAAAUAUACCAUUUACGGAGGCAUCUAUUUCGCCCAACUCGACAGACUUAAACAGUGUCACUCUUUUUGUCCCGUUUCGUCCUAUGCUAUGUGAGCGUGCUAACAGUGCUGAUAUGCUUGUUUACGCAACGCAACAUUUAUACGGUAAACAGAAUCAGGGUGAUAUUAGAGGAUUGACCCUUCUUUUCGAAACAAAAUUCGACGGAGAACGAGUUCAGCUUCAUAAAUCAAAGAAUUCGUAUCGAUACUGGUCGAGAAAUGGCUUAGAAUGGACAGCAAGUUAUGGUGAAGAUGGUACUCGAGACUUUGACAGACUAAGUGCUCAGCUCCAUUGUGGAUUUUCCAAUGACGUUGAUGAUUGUGUUUUAGAUGGAGAAAUGAUGAUAUUUAGUAAUUGGUCAAAUUCAGUUAUGGCAAAACCAACAAAAUUUGAUGUGAAACGAAGUGCAUAUCGAAACCCUGACGUUGAUAAUUAUCAGCCUUGUUUCGUUGUCUUCGAUAUACUCUACUUGAAUACACAAUUACUGACCUCAAAAUCAUUGUUGGAACGUAAGAAAUUUCUCUCAGAGUUGUUUAACCUUCACUGCUUGGAAUCGGAUACUAACUCAUCUAUGGAUAAUGAUGACGAACUAAACUUCAAACCUAUACCCAUUGUGAAUGGUGCUUUAUAUCUUUCAAAAUGGUAUACUUCUAUGGCACGUCAAUCAGAAGUUGCAAAAGCUUUUAAUCACUUAAUUGAUAAUAAUCAAGAAGGUCUUAUAGUAAAAAUAGCCAAUUCUCCAUCUCCCUAUCUACCUGGUAUCAGAAAUGAUAGUGGCUGGUGGAAAAUUAAACCGGACUAUGUACAAGGUUUACUAGAAGAUUUGGAUUGUUUGGUUGUAGGAGGUUACUUCUACCGUAGGGGGAAUAAAGUGAUAACAGGAAAUCGAAUUAACCAUUUUUUAUGUGCAGUUCGAGGUGAUGAAUCGAAUGAAGCUGUUUCAGAAGAGAAUGCCAGAUUAACGAAGUUCUACACUUUUUGUAAGGUUAAAUCUGGAUUGACAAUAAAACAGUUAAAAGAAAUCAAUAGUUUAUUGGGUAAACACUGGAAAGUGUACGAUAGGAAACAUCCCAAUGCUGACUUUACUGAGUGGUUGUGUGUGAAUUCAGAACGUCCAGAUGUAUGGAUCGCUCCGAAAUCAUCGAUUAUUUUACAGCUUCAUGGGGCUGAGCUGACACAAAGUGAUUCAUAUUCUGCUGGACUGACUCUCCGAUUUCCUCGUGUAGUAGCUAUACGUCACGAUAAAAGUUGGCGUGAUUCUUUGUCUAUGAAGGAAUUAAUUCAACUAAAUACUGACACAAAGGGUAAAUUGGCAACUAAACGUUUGUCAAUUGAACCAUCAUUCUCUGGACUUACAGAUAUUGAAGGUCGGCAAUCGUGUACAGAUAUGAAUGAUAUUGAGAAUAGUUCAUAUAUGAAUCAAAGUAGUGGAUAUUAUUCAUUAGAUGAAAAUACAGAACAAAAACAGCAAUCAGUUGAACAGUAUGUCGAGAUAGAUCAACCCUUGGCUACAUCAUCACCAGUUAAACAACGAAAGGUUGAGGCUUCUAGUGGUGAACAUGUAUGUUAUCUUUUGUAUUGUUUGAAUUAUUUUGAAAAUCGUGAAAUAUGCCUUUGGUUAUCAAAUGAUAUUCACUUGGAGAAGAAAGUGGAGUAUGAAAAUCAUAUUCGUGUUCAUGGUGGUCUUGUUGUACAAAAUCCGUCUCAUAAUACUUUUUGUAUUGUUAUUGACAAGGUUACAUUAAAAGUUAAAAAUUUGUUGAAUUAUUCUAGUACUUCGCGUAAACGCUCUUGUCCUACCGAACACAACAUAGUUCGCUUAAGUUGGUUAGUUGCUUGCAUCAAUAAACAGUCAUUACUGCCGUGGAAACCAAAGGAUAUGCAUUCAAUGAGUUCUUCAGUGGCUGACAAGUUAGCUCAAGAAUACGACAAAUUUGGCGACAGCUUCAGUGAAACAACUACACCGGAGGAACUAAACUUGAUUUUCAAUGAUAUGUCAUGUUUCUCUGAAGCCGCAGAGGAGAAGAAAGCAAUAUCGAAACUAAGUGUUCCUAAACUCAGUCAUUAUUCGAAAUUGAAACUUCUGUUAAAUGAAUUUAUGGGUGAUACUGAUGUUUUACAUCCGAUGACAGGAUAUAUUUUAGUACUUAUACGUCCAUUGUUAAAUCCUUGUAAUGAAGAACAUAAAAACGAUGAAUCAGUUAGUUUAGAGCUUCAACAACGACUGAUGAUUACUGAUAUGCGUAGACUUGGUUGUAUGUGUAUUGGACCUAUCUGUAUUUAUAAACCGGAGUCAUUAUGUAAUUUACAGUUUCUUCUAAACUCAGCUUAUCAUAAACUCAUGUCUGUUGAGUCACAUACUGCUGAUUGUAUGGGAUCACGCAAUAACAACUGCAUCAAUCCAACACAUGUUGUAAUGCUGUCAUCAUUAUCUAGAACGUUGGAGUUAAAUGUUUGGUUAACUGACAAUUAUUCAACACUUACCUCAUGGAUGCAUCAAUUUACUCGUGUUCCGCAUUUCGUUAAAGAUAGUUGGAUGACAGAAUGUAUUGUACAAAACAGCUGGUGUCCAGAAGUAAAUCAUCUAGUUGAAACAACGAAUAACCUUAUUGUUUAGUCUUUACAGUUUAAGAAAUUUGAAGUAUCUGUUAAUAUUUAACUUUGUUGUUGUAAUUUCUCCAUAGUUUCUACGUACCAUACUUUUUUUAAGUGGUUUUUUUUCCAAACUCGAUAUUUCAUGGAAGAGGUGAUUUUACUUGAACUUUCCUGUGAUAAAAUGUCUUCUUUUAAUAUGAAACGUGAUAUUAUCUGAAAUCGGAUUUUGUGCCUGCUGUUAGCAUCUACUUUUUACUUUAAUUCCUGAUAUUUAAUUUUUAUGAGUGGGGUAAUAUCAUCUUCCACUUAUAAGUCACUGAAGUCAUUUUAUGUAACUUUAUGCGACUUUUUUUCUUUAAAAAAAGUGUAUUUUUCAAUCAUUUUUGAUCAGUUUCCAAGGAAUUAUUUUCCAUUUCUCAAAGAUCCUGUUAUUUUUCAGAAAUAAAAUGUUUUUUACAUC